CUCAAAUCACCGCACACGCUCAAAAAGAAAACGAUAAUUAUCCCACACACUCGCACACACACUCUCUCCCUCCCAACCUUGAUGCAGAAAGAGGAAAUGGAUUUGUAGAGAGAGAAAGUGAGUACUGUACAUUACAUAGGUGAAAAUUGCAGAGAGCCAUAGAAAGUGCCCUCAUCAAAUUACAAAGCCUUUCGAACUUAAAAAAAAAAAAAAAAAUAAUAAUAAUAAUUCUUUUUUCAGUUUUCGUUAUUUCUUCCAUUAGAGAGUGUAGUUAUGUAAUGGGAUCAAUUACUUGAGUGUAAUGUUGGAGUUUUUGGGCAGAAAGUGAGAUAAUAUUUUCUGGGUUUUUUUAAGUGACCCUUUUGGAUGUGUUUGGAUCUGAGAUAUCUUCUGAUGAACCAAUGAGUUUAUAUGCUUAUCUGCACAUAUGCAUAUGAAUUAUGAAGCUGAUGGAAAGAGGGGGUAUAGUACCAUUGGUGCUGUGGUUAAUUAUAGUGGUGCAUCUAUUGAAAUUUAUCUAUGCUAACAUUGAAGGUGAUGCUUUACAUAGCCUUAGGACGAACUUAGAAGAUCCAAACAAGGUGCUGCAGAGUUGGGACCCUACCCUUGUCAACCCGUGUACAUGGUUCCAUGUUACAUGCAACAAUGAUAACAGUGUUAUAAGAGUUGAUCUGGGGAAUGCUGCUUUAUCAGGUCAAUUGGUACCACAGCUUGGUCAGCUGAAGAAUUUGCAGUACUUGUAUGUCAAGGAGCUCUACAGUAAUAAUAUAAGUGGUCCAAUCCCCAGUGAUCUUGGAAAUCUGACUAAUUUAGUGAGCUUGGAUCUGUACUUGAAUAGUUUCACUGGUCCCAUUCCAGACACAUUGGGCAAGCUUUCUAAAUUACGUUUCCUCCGUCUAAAUAACAACAGCUUGACCGGUCUCAUCCCUUUGUCAUUGACAAAUGUCUCAUCAUUACAAGUGCUGGAUCUAUCCAACAACCGUCUUUCAGGGGCAGUACCUGAUAAUGGUUCCUUUUCUCUAUUCACGCCUAUCAGUUUUGCUAAUAACUUGGAUCUAUGUGGCCCAGUUACUGGACGGCCUUGCCCUGGAUCUCCUCCAUUCUCUCCACCCCCUCCAUUUGUUCCACCACCCCCGAUUUCUUUGCCAGGACAAAAUAGUGCAACUGGAGCCAUCGCAGGUGGGGUUGCUGCCGGUGCAGCUCUGCUCUUUGCUUCCCCGGCUAUUGUGUUUGCAUGGUGGCGUAGGAGAAAACCGAAGGAAUAUUUCUUUGAUGUACCUGCUGAAGAGGACCCUGAAGUACAUCUGGGACAGCUAAAACGUUUCUCUCUCCGAGAGUUGCAAGUUGCCACGGAUACUUUUAGCAAUAAAAACAUUCUGGGCAGAGGUGGUUUUGGAAAAGUAUACAAAGGACGGCUAUCUGAUGGUUUGCUGGUUGCUGUAAAAAGGCUUAAGGAGGAGCGGACUCCUGGUGGGGAGCUUCAAUUUCAAACAGAAGUGGAGAUGAUCAGUAUGGCUGUGCAUCGUAAUCUCCUUAGACUGCGUGGCUUUUGUAUGACUCCUACUGAACGCCUUCUAGUUUAUCCAUAUAUGGCUAAUGGAAGUGUUGCAUCAUGUUUAAGAGAACGCCAACCAAAUGAGCCACCACUUGAUUGGCCUACACGGAGACGCAUUGCUUUAGGAUCUGCACGAGGACUAUCUUAUUUGCAUGAUCAUUGUGACCCGAAGAUUAUUCACCGUGACGUGAAAGCAGCAAAUAUAUUGCUAGAUGGCGAGUUUGAGGCUGUAGUUGGGGAUUUCGGUUUGGCUAAACUUAUGGAUUACAAGGAUACCCACGUUACUACUGCUGUACAUGGCACGAUCGGACAUAUAGCUCCAGAGUAUCUGUCCACAGGAAAAUCUUCAGAGAAAACUGACGUUUUUGGUUAUGGAAUUAUGCUUCUUGAGCUAAUAACUGGGCAGCGGGCAUUUGACCUAGCUCGCCUUGCAAACGAUGACGACGUGAUGUUGCUUGAUUGGGUCAAAGGACUACUCAAAGAAAAGAAAUUGGAAAUGCUGGUUGAUCCAGAUUUGCAGAACAAUUAUGUGGAGGCAGAGGUGGAGCAGCUAAUCCAGGUUGCUCUGCUUUGCACUCAGAGCUCUCUUAUGGACAGGCCCAAGAUGUCGGAUGUGGUGAGAAUGUUAGAAGGUGAUGGUUUGGCUGAACGGUGGGACGAGUGGCAGAAAGUUGAAGUUCUUCGCCAGGAAGUUGAACUUAUUCCACAUUCAAGUUCCGAAUGGAUAGUGGAUUCGACAGAAAAUUUACACGCAGUCGAGUUGUCGGGUCCAAGGUGACCCCUCACGGCUAGAGGAAAUUACUAGGACCUUUUCUGUUUAACCAUUUUUUGCUUCCAAGAAAAUAACCCCUUUCAAGUCUCUGAGAGCCUGUUGUGAAUGUAUGGUUAGUUAUAUUUGUGCAUAGGAAUUUUUAAUGGCAGACAUUUGAUGAAUUGCUUAUAGAAUCAGUUGAACAACUUGUUAUUGGUUUC